CCACUCGAAGCAGUGUUCCAUGCCAUGAUGGCCAACGUUUCAACCGUUGACUACCUCGAAUAGGUUUGAAAGAGGGUUCUGUCUGCUUCGUUUGAUUACACGGUCCAGUAAAACUCUAAAGCUAAACUUUACCGCCAUGUGUACGAAUAUUUGACAGUGCCUUUAACAGUAUUAGGUUUCAAGGAACUAAUGUUGACGAAGCCGGGUCGUGUCACCUUGAAUUCUGCCUGACUGGAAUGGUUGACCAUUGCUCAAUGCUAACGGAAUACUGACCAACCGUUCAUACAAACUAAUUGACGAAGAAGUGCACUAAAUCGUCGUCACGGAAAACCGAAAAGAGGAUUUACUUAAGCCUUCAUCUAUGUCUCAUGAUAUUUUAAAGAGCCAUUUUUUCCUUUCACAUCGUAUUUUAAAAUGGGAGUCGUGCUGCGGAACCUCCAGAAGGUGGUGCCUAUUCGCCGCGCCAGACUGCGCAGAGAUGUGGACACGUUGAGACACAUCCUGGGCGUCCAGAAAUUUGACCUGGGCGUCAUCUGUGUGGAUAACCAAAGGAUUCAGCAAAUAAAUAACAUGUACAGGAAGAAAAAUGUGCCUACGGAUGUACUGUCAUUUCCUUUCUACGAGGACCUAAGACCCGGUAAACUACCCUGCCCUCUUCACAGAGAUGAGCAGAACCUCGGGGACAUUUUCUUAGGGGUGGAGUAUGUGAUGCAGCAGUGUCAGGAAGAGUCCAUGGAUCUGCAUGGAGCUCUUACGGUUGUCACUGCACACGGUAUCUGUCACCUGUUGGGAUAUAGACAUGAAACAGAGGAGGAAUGGACUGAGAUGCUACAGAGGGAGAGCUACAUUCUAAGUGAGUACAACCGACUCACAGGGCGACAUCUGGAGCCACUAACCAAGAGAUGCACUCAGGACAGGUGACAGUCACCUGCUGUCUAUUCCAGAAACACUACAUGUACGAUGGUGCUCCAUAUUGUUUAUGACCCUGUAACCAGCUGGACUUGUUUUCUGCCUCAUUCAAACAAAUGUAAGAACGCUGGAUGUUGUUUCCUUUACCGUCACAGCUGUUUAUACGGACUUUUAUCACUUAUCAGUGUUUAUGCUGGAAUUCAUUUUGUAACACUGGAUGUGUGCGGAAUAUUUUAAACAUCAAACUGAAGAAGUCAAUGCACUUUCACUGUAAUAUUUUAUUAAAAUCUGCUUCAAGAAGA